AGAGGAAGAAAGGAAGACAGAACUGUCCUGGGACGCCUGCCAAGAGGAUGGGGCGCAGGAGCCAGAGCAUGAAGCAGGAGCAGCAGCAGCAGCAAGGCAGCAGCCUCGGCUGCUGCUGCUGAGUGCCAGGCCCAGCCCAGGGCACCCCCUUGGCCACUUGACCCCAUGGCCCUUCACAGCCAGACCCCACAGGAGGGGCCCCGCAAGUGCCCCUUGAUCCGGCUGCUCCUGUUCUGCCUUGCUCUACCAUUGGCUGCGGCUGCUGCUCAGGGGUCAGACCCCAUGCGGACGGGCGGCACCGGAGGAGGAGGAGGAGGAGGUGGCCAUGGAGCCUGGGCGCCUUGGGGUCCCUGGAGCCCCUGUUCCAGCACCUGCGGAGGGGGCGCUGCCUUCCGCACUCGGACGUGUCUCCAGUUUCCGGAGGAGCAGCCCUGCAUGGGGCCCCCCCGCCAGUACCGUGCCUGCGACCUGGAGGAGUGCCCGCCGGGUUCGGUCCCCUUCCGUGACCUCCAAUGUGGCCUCUACAAUGGGAAACCCCUCCCAGGGGGCCGGGAUCCUUACCAAUGGGUCCCCUUCCACGGAGCCCCCAACUCAUGUGACCUGGCCUGUCUUGCCCUGGGCCACCACUUCUACUACACAUUCGGACGCGCCUUGGAUGGAACGCGCUGUGGUCCACCCCCAUCCCAGGACCUCUGCAUCAGCGGGCACUGCUGGAGAGCAGGCUGUGAUGGGACGCUGGGCCCUGAUGCAGGGCGAGAGGACGCCUGUGGCGAGUGCAAUGGCCGGAAUGCCAGCUGCCUGCGGGUGGAGGGGGUCUUCCGGGAGGCAUUCCCGCCCGCCGGCUUCUUUGGCUACAAGAAUGUGACCCGGAUCCCAUCUGGAGCAAGACACAUCAAGGUCACCGACCGCAGUCGCAACUACCUGGCUCUGAUGGAUGCCCAGCAGCGCUUCCUGCUCAAUGGGGACUGGACGGUUGACCGGCCGGGCCUUUACCCUGCGGCUGGGACCGAGAUGUACUAUUCCCGCACGGCCGAUGUCCUGGAGACCCUGGAGGCCCCAGGGCCCACCCAGGAGGAGCUGACCAUCAUGGUCCUUUUCCAGGCCCCCAACCCAGGCAUCAAAUUUGAGUUCUGGGUCCCGAAGGAGGGCAGCAGCAGUCCUAGUGCUUUGCGGCGGCAGCAACAGACCCGAGAGGCCCAGGGAGAGCACCCCCUAGAAGCCCCCACGGCCACAGCGCCACCACAGCGAGAACAGUGCGGCAAGUGCCCUGUGGCGAAAGGGAAAUCCCAGCGCAUGCGCCACUACUGCAGCAGUGACUUUGUCUUCCGCGCACAGAUCCUGUCCCGGCGCCCGGUGGGGCGGGAGACGCGCUACGACCUGCGUGUGGAGGAGACUUACCGCAACCGCUUCCCACUGGAGCGCCGGGAGUUUGCCUGGGCACCUGGGACCUGCACCUGCCCCCUGCUAGAGGAGGGCCGCCACUACCUGCUCAUGGCCCGGCGUCACGUCAACUUCGAAGGGACCCUCAAUCGCCUGCUGCUGCCCCGGGGAGGUUAUGCCCAGCCAUGGACCCCCCGCGAGGACCGCCAGGCCCGGCAGCUGGCUGGGAUGUGCCCCUGAGGGCCCAGGAGGUGGACAGUGACCACUGAAGGUGGCUGGAACUGACCAGCACAUUAGCCAAACCCGGAGGAGACCCCUGCCCUGUGGGAAACCUGCUCAUUACCUGCCUUGUGUGGCAAGGUAAUAAAUCUAUUAUUAUUAUUA